ACGCUCCAGGCUCGGGCGGGGCAGCGCUAUAAAUUCCUGUGCCGAGUCAUUCGCACUUUUCCUGCGCAAGGCUGCAUCCCCGCUUUCAAAGUUCCUUUCCGAGUUCGAACUGUGAGUCACCAUGCCGACUGAGCUGGAGACAGCGAUUGAAACUUUAAUUACAGUGUUCCACCGUUACGCGAAGAAAGAUAGUGACGAUAACGCGCUCAACCGCAAAGAGCUGCGCAUGCUCAUGGAGACAGAACUUAAAAGCUUCCUCAAGUGUCAGAAAGACCCAGCCACCGUGGACAAGAUAAUGAAAGAUCUGGACGCUAACAGUGAUGGAGUAGUAAACUUUCAAGAGUUUGUGUCUCUGGUGGUCGGCCUGUCCGUGGCCUGCGAACAGAUAUACCAACUUCAGAAGACCGGAAAAAAGUAGGAGACAACAGCAGGAAGAUGUGGGAUUUUGUACGGAGUCAUUUUUAAUAAACACACCCCUCCUAAUCACAA